CCCACCUUACUGGCUCCAUCUAUAUAUAGAAAGCAGAGCAUUACAAGCUUCACAAUCCAUACCCUUUCAUCUUUAUUUCUGAAUUUGCUUCCUUUCCUUCUUCCAUUAUUUUUUCUCGUCAAAGUUCUCAACUUUUAAGUCUUUUUCAGGAUGGGCAGUACUGACGGAACCAGCUAUGGUGCUUACACCUAUGAUGCUCUGGAGAGGGAGCCUUACUGGCCAUCUCAGAAACUCCGGAUUUCCAUCACUGGUGCCGGCGGGUUCAUUGCUUCGCACAUUGCUCGACGUCUGAAGAGUGAAGGCCAUUACAUCAUUGCUUCUGACUGGAAGAAGAACGAGCACAUGACAGAAGAUAUGUUUUGUAAUGAAUUCCACCUCGUUGAUCUUCGAGUCAUGGAGAAUUGCUUGAAAGUUUCCAAAGGAGUGGACCAUGUCUUCAACCUCGCUGCCGAUAUGGGUGGGAUGGGUUUCAUUCAGUCAAACCACUCUGUCAUUAUGUACAACAACACUAUGAUCAGUUUCAACAUGCUUGAGGCUGCUAGGAUUAGUGGAGUUAAGAGGUUUUUCUAUGCCUCGAGUGCUUGUAUCUACCCUGAAUUUAAGCAGUUGGACACUAAUGUGAGCCUGAAAGAAUCCGAUGCCUGGCCUGCUGAGCCUCAAGAUGCUUAUGGCUUGGAAAAGCUUGCAACCGAGGAGUUGUGCAAGCACUACACCAAAGAUUUUGGAAUCGAGUGUCGUAUUGGAAGGUUUCACAACAUUUAUGGUCCUUUUGGAACAUGGAAAGGUGGAAGGGAGAAGGCUCCAGCUGCCUUUUGCAGGAAAGCUAUUACUUCCAUUGACAAGUUUGAGAUGUGGGGAGACGGUCUUCAGACCCGAUCUUUCACCUUCAUUGAUGAAUGUGUCGAAGGUGUACUUAGAUUGACAAAGUCAGAUUUCCGCGAACCUGUGAACAUUGGAAGUGAUGAGAUGGUCAGCAUGAAUGAGAUGGCAGAGAUUGUUCUUAGCUUUGAGGAUAAAAAUCUUCCAAUCCAUCAUAUUCCUGGCCCAGAGGGUGUCCGUGGUCGUAAUUCAGACAAUACGUUGAUCAAAGAAAAACUUGGUUGGGCUCCUACAAUGAGGUUGAAGGAUGGGCUGAGAAUUACUUACUUCUGGAUCAAGGAACAAAUUGAGAAAGAGAAGGCUCAAGGCAUAGACCUAUCUGUCUAUGGGUCAUCCAAGGUCGUCGGAACUCAAGCACCAGUCCAGCUGGGCUCACUUCGUGCAGCCGAUGGCAAAGAAUGAAGAAGUAAAGGUCGUGUAGUUGCUUUAAAGCCAAGUUUUGUUGGCAGAUGGGGGAAAUGCAUCAACCAGUUUCAGGUUUUGUAUUUAAUUUUGGUAUUGUAGUGUGUGUACUGUUGUUUAAAGGGGGUUGUAUUCGAAGUUAGCUUUCCAUGAUAAGCUGCUGUUGUAAGAUGAUAUGCAAGGCUUAAAUAAAUGCCAUUUCGAUUCCUAA